UGUUUGGAAAGAAUUGCUGUCAGGCACACGGUUUUGUCAGGCAUUUCUUGUUAAAUAAAGUGCACCUCGGACUCUGCAGUUUUUUUGUUAUCAGGGGUAAGCAAGUUACUGUUUAAUUUCCGUUCUGGUAUUUAGACACAUUAGAGCCACAGAACAUUCCAGCACAAGCAAAGAAAAUGCUCUCUAAUGGCACAGCUCUUGACCCUGUUCUGAAUAUACAGACUUUGCAGUUCUCUCGAUUCACACAACGUUCGUGUCCUGAAUUUUGCCCAGCAGAAAGGCAGGAAAAAAAGCUCAAGAUCUGUCAAAGAGGUCACUACAGGGAGACAUGCGUGUUGAUCUAUAAAUAUAUUCCCAGUGAAGCCGAGUAGAAUGAGGUGUCUCAGUCUUAAAUAAUUAAAACCCUUUUUUGUUUUUUGUCUGUGUGCUCCCUGCCUUGUGUAAAGUCUGUCCUAACCAGCCACAGAGCACAAUCUCUCAUGAAAAAAUCUCUCGGGCGUUUCAGUGGAAGCACUGUGACCUCAACGUGCUUUUGUCUCUUCCUUUUCCAUGUAAACCUCGCCCUGAAGAUCUUGCUCCUUUAGACCGCAGCCGCUUGCCUCAGGGCGAUGACACGGUGCGAAGAAUAAAAAAAAAGAGCACGCGUUACCCUGUGCAGGUCUUGAAGGUCAUCGCCGCUGUGUGACGCGCCGGGGUGAAGGAGACGCCUUCAGAGAGCGGCAGGAGGUCAGGCCGUACCGCAGUUUGUGCCCCGCGAUGAGCCCCAGGGAAGGGCCCAGGGCCAAGCCGGAUGUAGCGCACCGUUCGGCAGAGGGGAAAGACUCUAGGGCUGCAGAUAAGGCUGUUGCCAUGGUGAUGAAGGAGAUACCAAGUAAGGAGUCUUCAGAAGGAAAACCUCUCCUCACCGUGACAACACAGCCAGCUCACAAACCGCUGGUGAACGAGCAGCAGGAAAGCCGCCCCCUCCUGAGCCCCUCCAUCGAUGACUUCCUGUGCGAAACGAAGAGCGAUGUCGCCUCGCGGCCGGUAACGUCCAACACGGCAGUCCUCUCCCCCAGCCUGGACCUGCUGGACCUGAGCGACCCCUCCGAGGGCCGGAGCUGCAAGGCUGGGAAGAGAGCGGAGGGGGCCAAGGGCACCCCCCCCAGGAAGAAGAUGGACGAGACGGAGCUGAUCCAGGUGGACGUGGAGCGGAGCGCCUCCAGCUCCCGCGCGCCGGAGAGAGCGUCGCUGGACUCAGUUACUGUCGCCUCCCCCCUGGAGAAAUGGGAGGAGGUGAGCUCGCAUGCUGAGCGGAACGGGAGCAGAAAGUGGAAGCUGGAGAGAAGGCGAUCUUCUAGACACUCAUCCAGUGAAUUCCUCUGGCCCUCAGAAAGCAGAGCACAGUCUGAGUCAUCAGCAAAAAACUCCCUAGAGGCCAGUUCCUCUCUGGAGGUGGAGCCUGUAGCUGCGUCCCAGGGGCGGUCAAGUAAGGAGCAGCGCUGGGGGAGUGCACUGCUGUCCAGGAACCAUUCCCUGGAGGAGGAGUUUGAGAGAGCGAAGGCAGCAGUGGAGUCCGACACCGAGUUCUGGGACAAAAUGCAGGCAGAGUGGGAGGAGCUGGCCCGGAGAAACUGGCUGACAGAAAACCAGUCACCUCAGAUCCCUUCCAGCAUCUCUCCUCACGAAAAGGGCUACUACUUUCACACCGACAACCCCUAUAAGGACUGGCCCAACGCCUUCGAGGAAGGAGUGAGGAAGGCCAGGGAGGGCGACCUGCCCAACGCGGUCCUGCUGCUGGAGGCCGCUAUCCUGCAGGACCCCCAGGACUCAGAGGCCUGGCAGGUGCUCGGGACGACGCAGGCGGAGAACGAGAACGAGCAGGCAGCCAUCGUGUCCCUCCAGAGCCACAGAGGUCUUCCCCCCCCCUGCUGUCUCCAGGACUACCUGCUGUGGAACCGGCUGGGGGCCACGCUGGCGAACGGGGACCGCAGCGAGGAGGCGGUGGAGGCCUACACCAAGGCCCUGGAGCUGCAGCCCGGCUUCAUCAGGUCCAGGUACAACCUGGGCAUCAGCUGCAUCAACCUGGGCGCCCACAGGGAAGCUGCAAGCAAUUUCCUCACAGCCCUGAGCCUGCAGAGGAAGAGCAGAAGUCGGCAGCUGUCUCACCAGGUCAUGUCGGGAAAUAUCUGGGCAGCCCUGAGAAUAGCUCUGUCCAUGAUGGACCAGCCAGAACUCUUUCAGGCCGCCAACAUAGGCGACCUGGACUUACUCAUGAGGGCCUUUAAGCUGGACAUGUGAAGACCAUGGUUUGUCAAGAAUACGGGAAUCCAAAGCUGUAUAUAUUUUUUACAAAAGAAACAGAAGUCCAGUAUGGCUACUGAGGCCAGACUGAAUGAAGAGCACUUUGCAGUCCUGGGGAUGUGCUUGAAGAAGACUAGGAUGGAUUUGCACUGAGCUUGGCGAUUUUCUGACAAGAGCACAAGAGCCAAGACUAGAGGAGAUUGUACUGUACGAGUAUGCCUUAGAGAAAACGGGAAAAAAAAGUCAGUUAAAAAUUUGAAGUAGAAUUAGAAAUGUUUUGAUGCCACUGAAAUGGACUGGAGUUAUACCAGUACUUUAUACUUCAUGGCCUGAGUGUCCGAGCAAUAGCGCAUCACGCACCUGGGUGUUAGGAUGAACCAGAGGCAAACUCACACAAUGAAAAAGAGUUUGUAUGUUUGUAUGAAAAACUGCUGCUGAUACCCAUUUGAGUCCAUCCUCAUUCCCAGGGCUCACGGCACGAGGGCCUAUACUAGUUUCUAGUAUAUGUUUCGCCUGCAUUUGUUUCAUUAGCCUUGUAUAUUUCUAAAUGUUCUAAUUUUCCGUGCUUUAAGAUUCCAAACUCCGCAUGUGAGCAUUUCCGGCAGCUCAGGUUAGGAUAUCUCCGAGAUCCCGAGACAGUCGUCUCCCCUGAUGCAUGUGUGCACUAAAGAAAACAAACCCCUCGACACGAAACCAAAAUUCUUUUCAUUGUGUAUUUGCUCACUCGCUCUACCUUGGCUUAGCAGCACCUGUUAGGCGACUUGUAAGCUUUACUGGAAACGCAUGCUUCAUUUUCCUUUUAAAUAUAAGGCCCGCUUCUCACAGGGCCAUCACGAAGUGCACAGUGAAGGGUCUCGGAUGUUUGUUCAUCGUGCGCAUUGUUUUACUUUCUGUGCACAACUUUCUGUUCAAAGGAGCUCCCCGCUGAAGACAGACCACACUCAGUGGCGUUUGGUGUAUUAAGCCAGACAGAAUGGGAACAGUGGGCAGUGACUGAAGUCCCGCAUGCUGGCUUACUGGGUGGUAUUUUAUGUACUAUUGCACAACAGACUUGCAGCUCAGAUGUAAGAAUCUUCUUACCCCACCGAUGACAUAAAUCGUCAUUGUAUCGGGACUGCACUUCAUCUUGAAUCUGCAUCCUUUCACAGGUUCCUGUGUAACAUUCUUCCUUCACAAACCGGGAUGCUCUGCAGAUUGACCCUCUGGACGGCCUGAGUGGGGCAGAGGGGAAGUGGAGUUCCGCACGGCCCAAAAGCCCGAAAGGAAAUGAUCCGAGACGCAGCCCCUGCUGUGGCAGUUACUACGUUACUGCUUGUGCUGGCAAAAGUCCCACGUGGAACAGUGGCCGAGGCUGGGUGAACGGUUUGGUGCAGCGCUCUGUCCUUUCCAUCCCGUCUUCACCCACACGGGCACAGCUACAUGAUGGAAAACAGCAUCCAAAGAGGAAACAACUUACCCGUUUUACCGUCACUUCACUGCAAAAAUAGCAGUGCAGUACAGUAAAACACGGGCGCCUGAAGACCUGAGAAAGUAGAGGGGUCUGAUUCAGUGAGGACCUGCGUCCACGGGCCCCUGAGGCUGCCACUCCACCAGACCACUCACUUCUCUGCCAGGGGCUCCCUUCCUCAGGGAGACUGGCACUCCAGCUGUGUAGUGCUGGUCUCGGCUUCAGGAAGCACCCAGCCAGGGGCAUGUCAAGUCUCUCACCCCCAGCUCCCUCUCUAACACAAAUACCAUUUCCCGUUUCCAGCUCCUGGGCUGUUGUCCUGCAUCCAGUCCGGAGCUCCGUCAGGAGCAGGCUUCCAUUCCUGCUGAGCACCUGGUUACGUAACGUGAUCCUUUAGCCAACGCUUCCCCUCAGCUCUUUAAUUGAUCCCAGCACCUCCAGAGGCUGUGGGCUGGUCCUGGAAACGGUUCUACACAUCCUUUGCAGCUGUCCUCAGUCGGCCUGUAGCUACUGGACACACUACCCUGGCCCAGUUGAGCUAGUAACCAGUUCAGCUGACACAAACGAGCUCGUGUGGAAAUGAAAUGAGCUGACUCAACUGCCUUCAGGUCCAGAGGGUAAGCACAGCCACAUGAACCCAACGAGGCUGGGACGCUUCACAGCACAAGAAGCUGAAAGCUGCUAAUCUCCCAGCUAGUUGUGUACAGUACAUAUCAUUGAUUCUCACAGCCACAGAGCACUUGUACUGAAGGGAAAGGAGACUGUGCUCAGCAGCAGUGUGGAUGUUGGGGGUGACAGAGAGGGGGGUGUCCAGAUGUCAGCAGCAGCUCCCCAGCGUGGCUUGAUCCCACCACAUCACCUUAACAGCCUCUUAAUGAAUCAGACCCACGGCUAUUUUUGCAUUAGAAAAUUCUAAGAUUUCAAUUUAAAUGCAGAGUCCUACUUAGAAAUCUUAUUUUUUUAAAUGUUGCAUUUUGAGUUUAUUGCAUAGGUCUUCUAUGAUAUACUAGAUUAUAAUAACAAUGUGUUGAUCUAGGAUGUCAAACAUCUUUUAUAGAAAGGAGCUUUUAUCAUCUCAGGUAUGAUAAAUCAGUUAACUGCAUGCUCUGGAAUAUUGAUCAAGAAAUGCUGCAUGCAAGACUUCUGGUUUUUUGAAUGCUUAAUUAAUUUGUUUUUAUGCAUGAAAUGUUCACAAGACAUUUUCUUCUUUUACUUAUUUCUAUAAAUAUAUAUUCUAGUGAAAUGACUAUUUCUCAUUACAAUGCACUUUUUGACCUUCUUGGACUUUCUUUUAUAUAUGUAUAAUAUAUAUAUUUACUGUAUUAAAUAAAGUUUUGAUGCACAGAAUGACCUACAUGUAGUACAUCAUAGUACACAAUAAUAUUUACUGGCUACCUAAAAUAAACAAUGACUACUCUUCUCAUACAAAAAAAUGAUCUGAAGAAAUCUGUCGGGAUUCCAAUCCUUGUUAAAUCAAAUCUUUCAAAAUUAAAAAAGUAAUACUU